AUGAACCGACACGAUACCGUCAACCUAAUAGACCUCGAAGACUCGCCGCCUCCAUCGGGCGUGUCCACACCCCUGUCUACCUCACAGACACCAUCGCAGUCGCAGUCGCAGUCCCAACCACGUUCUCGAUACGCCUCCCCCUCCUCUCAGUUGCAUUCGAGCCCCUCACCACCGCAAUCCCAGACGCCCUCACAGUCCGGUAGUUACGGCAUCGGGUCCGCCGUGUUCGGGUUCUGGCGUAGGAUAUCAGCUCUCGACAGCCUGCCAACCUCAGCACCCACGCCUCCCCUCCCGACGUCGCAGCUCUACCACCUGAACGCCGAGACAACAACAGGCGACGGCGUCAACGGCCCCUUCGUGCCGCCACCGAGCAUGGCUCCGCGAAGAACCGCCUCGCCGCGCGGUCUGCCCUCGCUCGAGCCCCUGACCCUCAGCGGGUACCGUCCCGAUACCGACGCCGACGAGCGGCUGCUGUCGCGCGGCAUAGCAGAGGAGAUCCGGACUUUUCUGCCCGAGCGCUUAAAGAUCAUGGAGGAUUGGCACUUGACGUACAGCCUGUACCAGAAUGGCAGCUCCCUGUCUACGCUGUACCAGCUGUGCGAGGAGUACCGCGGCCGGAGGGCGGGCUUCGUACUUGUCGUGCGCGACGGCAAGGAUGGUACCUUCGGCGCAUACCUGACAGAAGCACCGCACCCAGCGGCCUCAUACUACGGCACAGGCGAGUGCUUCCUAUGGCGCGCAAGCCUGCACGCGCCGCUCCCUCCGCCUCCCUCGGCCGACACGACCGACCUGAACUACCGCACGACAACGAUAGCAUCACCGACGUCGCCGACCUCGCCCGCCUCUACCCACCUAUCGGCAGGAGUCACGGACCCCAAAACCAACAAGCUGCCCCCCACGCCCUCGCAGCCGCAGGCCGUACUGGGCGCGCAGAGCAUCCGCUUCCAGAACUUCGCCUACACGGGCGCCAACGACUACUGCAUGUUUUCCGAGACCAAGUUCCUGUCCGUAGGCGGCGGCAGUGGCACGUACGGCCUGUGGCUCAACGAUUCCCUCAGUCGCGGCCACAGCGCCACUUGCGACACCUUCCUCAACCAGCCCCUCAGCGAGGAGGGUGAGAAGUUCGAUGUAAUGGGCGUCGAGCUUUGGGUUGUAGGUGCGACUUGA